AGCCCCGGGUGAGCUGCGAGGCCCAGAACUGCUCGGGCGGGAGCUGCCGCUACGCCCUGCGCUGCUCCGCGCCCGGCCCCGGCCUGGGCAGCGUCUCCUACGGCUGGAGCGUGGGGGAGCAGCCCCGGGGAGAGGGGCCCACGGUGCUGCUGGAGGAGUCACCCCCGGACGGCUCCGUGUCCCUCACGUGCCGGGCACGAAACCCCAUCAGCAACAGCAGCGUCACCGUCUCGCCCGGGCACCUGUGUGCAGGGCCCCCCUCCAGCAGCCUGGCCCGGGUCGGGGCCGUGGCCGUGGCCGAAGCCGCGGCUCUCGCCGGAGUUUUCUUGGUGUUCUACUGCAGAGACAAGCGAGGAGCUCCACCCUGAGCCUCGGGGGGGUUGUCCAGCCAAGAAUCCCAGAAUCCCUGAGGUUGGAAAAGCCCUCCCAGCCCAUCCAGUACCCCCUGCGCCCCAUCCCCACCUCAUCCCCAGCCCAGAGCACUCAGUGUCACAUCCAGGCCUUCCCUGGACACCCCCAGGGCUGGGGACUCCCCCACCUCCCUGGGCAGCCCCAGGGUUCCACUCUUGACAGAAUUUGGGGCUUUUACACCACCUUAGAGGCACAGGGGUGAGGGUUUGCCCUGCCCUUCCCUGCACCUGCCCCCACGCUGGGAGAAGUGGUUGUUUGCAGAUGUUUCCAGGGAGGCAGCUCAGUUAUUUUUCUGUGGGCACAGAAGAGGGAAGUCGAGGAGGUACAAAAACAUUGGUUCCUGUUCCACCUCAGCAGUGGAUCCGCCCCGUGACAGUCUCCAGCAGCAACCCCUUCCAAAGGGCUUUAUUCCCAAUUUAUUUUCCAUUCCCUUCGCCGUGGUCCACACAUCAGACCUGCUGUCACAGCUGGGAUUAUAAAACACCCCAGACUGGGUCCAGCCGGAUUUUCCAGCCCUGCUCCCUCAUCCAGGCCACCUCCAACAUCCCCACACGGGAUAUUUCCACAGGGAACCAAGAGUUGCUGUGGGCAGGGGGUAGGGGGCUGCCUCCUCCUCCUCCCAGCCACAAAUUCGGCUUUAAGUCCAUCUGGAAAAGCUCGGCUGUUCCCACAGAGAUCGGUGGGAAAAACGGGGACGGGAAAAUUCGGUGGGACACGAGCUGCAGAGCCAGGCUGAGCCUGCAGGGGCUGCAAAACUCUCCUUGGGGGCAAAACUCCCGAGUUUUUGUAACCUGUCGCAGAGCUCAAAAAUAAAACCGCUUCUCGU